AUGGGUCGCUAUUUAUGGUGGAAUGAUGGUACCAAGAUGGUUGGCUCUUUUGGGAUAUUUGAUGAUCCUGAGGCAAUAUUCCUCACACGGAUGGACGUCCUCCCUUUAAGACCAUGUUUGUUCAAAACCACUUGCAUUAUGAGGCAUAUGGGAAAUGAUGCCUACUUGUGCCCCCGGCUGGAGCACCUGCUCACUACACUUACAUUCCUACUUGGGAGGAGCGAUGAGUUAAGCAUACUAGUGGAGUCGGGAACAAGUGGAGCAAAUCAGGAGGGUGAUGAUGUGGACGAGUGA